CCCCCGCGGGGAGCGGCUCCUCCGGCGGCGGCCGCGGCCCCGGGCCGGGCGCGGAGCUGCAGGUGAUUACAAUGUUCUUCAGCUGAUAUAUUCACUACAUUUGGGAGCUGUACAGCCAUCAGCUUCUUAGCUUCUCUGCUGACCAAUACUGAAGAUCAUUUUAGUUAGCUUAGGCUAUUCAAAAUGAACGAACAUCCUAAAAAGAGGAAAAGGAAGACUCUACACCCUUCUCGAUAUUCAGAUUCUUCAGGUGCAAGCAAAUACAUAGACAACAGUGGCAUUUUUUCUGACCACUGCUAUAGUGUCUGUUCUAUGAAACAGCCAGAUAUGAGGUUCUCUGAAAGCAGAGGUAGAUACCACAGUCCUGUGCAGAGCUUAGACACAGAUGAUGAUGGGAGUCCAGUGCAUGCUGGGACUUCUCACUGGAGUGGGUCACAUUCAAAUGUUGUGGGGAUGCACUACACAGACCCUAAAAAAAAGGACAAAGAGAAAGGUACAAAUAACGGUAUGUGCAGAGACUUAUGUGAUUCACCUAUAUUCAGUGAUAGCCCUACAGAAGAAGAGAAACCUCUAGAUAUUCAAACUGUAGAAAUUUCUACAACAGAAGUGAAUGCUGUAGAAGUUCAUGACAUAGAAACACAAACUGUGUCACCUGAGAAGCUAGAAGCUGAGGACCUAGAGGAUAUCCCUCUGGAAACCUGCAAAAUGUUUGAGAAGAACCAGGCUUUAAAUAUCACAGCUCAACAGAAGUGGCCUUUGCUGAGAGCCAACAGCAGUGGCUUAUACAAAUGUGAGCUCUGUGACUUUAAUAGCAAGUACUUUUCUGAUUUAAAGCAGCACAUGAUCCUGAAGCACAAGACGUGUACGGACACUCAUGUCUGCAAAGUUUGUAAAGAAAGCUUCUCCAGCAAAGUGCAGCUCAUUGAACACGUGAAACUGCAUGAGGAGGAUCCCUACAUCUGUAAAUAUUGUGAUUACAAAACGGUGAUAUUUGAGAAUCUGAGUCAGCACAUAGCAGACACUCACUUCAAUGACCACCUCUACUGGUGUGAGCAGUGUGACAUGCAGUUCUCCUCAAGCAGUGAGCUGUACCUGCACUUCCAGGAGCACAGCUGUGACGAGCAGUAUCUGUGUCAGUUCUGUGAGCAUGAGACAAAUGACCCAGAAGAUCUCCACAGCCACGUGGUGAACGAGCACGCGUGUCGACUGAUAGAGCUGAGUGACAGCUACCACAACAAGGAGCGUGGACAGUACAGUCUCAUAAACAAAAUCAGUUUUGACAAGUGCAAAACUUCUUUGUGUGCCAAGUGUGUGGCUUCAGGAGCAGGCUGCACACAAAUGUCAACAGGGCACGUAGCUAUUGAACACACAAAAUAUUCCCUCAUGUUUGUGAUGACUGUGGGAAGGGCUUUUCAGACUUUUGAGCUGAUAGAUGUGUGUGAUGUACUUCAGCUUCCCAAAUCAUGUUUGUUACUGAACAAAAGAAUUUUUUAUAUGGAAGAUUGUUGACUUCAGCAUUGAAAUCCCACUAAUUAUUAGAAAAUUAUAAAAUACAACAAAUGAGUUCUUAAGUAAUGUGUUAUGUGUAAUGCUUUUAAGUGUCAUGGAUUUUCAUUGUUUGUCGUCGUUUCCCAUGUUCUCAUGCUCUUGUAUCAGAUGUAUGCAUUUUCUGUGCUUUUUAACCCUUGCAAAUACUUCGAGUUUGUAAUUUUAGCGGACUUUCAUUAAACCAAGUUGCGGGCAGCACGCAGGAACCCCAA